UCUUAUCUUCAAAGCAAAUAGCUUUCAGACUAUACAUCCAUGGACAUGGAUAUCCUUUCUUUCAGUGCUUGUUUCCUCAUCAUCUUCUCCAAAGCUUCCACCGCACUCUACAAGAUUUCUCCGUCUGAGUCACUUACUGAUGGCACGACCUUGGUCUCUAGUGAUGGAAGCUUUGUAUUGGGUUUCUUCACUCCGGGGAGUUCUAAGAAUCGUUACUUGGGAAUUUGGUACAAUAACAUUCCCAUGCAAACUGUUGUAUGGGUUGCAAACAGGAUAAAUCCGAUAAAUGACACCACUGGCUUGCUGAAGAUAGAAAGCACUGGCAGAGUCGUGCUUCUAGGUCAGAACCAAACAACUGUUUGGUCAAUUGAUUCCACAGAAGCAGCUCAGAAUCCGAUUCUGCAGCUCCUGGAUUCAGGCAAUCUUGUUGUCAGAGAUGGAAACGAUGGUGAUUCAGAGAACUACUUGUGGCAAAGCUUUGAUCAUCCAACUGAUACAAUGUUACCAGGGAUGAAGAUUGGUUGGGACCUGAGAACUGGUUUAAAUCGAAGAUUAGCAGCAUGGAAGAACUCAGAUGAUCCAUCUCCUGGGGACCUUACUUUUGGGGUAGAACUCCAAGGCAGUCCAGAGAUGGUGCUGCGGAAAGGCUCAGAAAAGUACUAUCGCAGAGGCCUAUGGAAUGGCGAUGGGUUUAGUGGUACACCAAAUUUCAGAUCAAAUCCGGUCUUUGAUUACAACUUUGUCUGGAAUGAGGAGGAGGUGUACUACAUAUAUUACCUGAAAAAUAAAUCGGUAAUGUCAAGGUUUGUUUUGAACCAAACUGAAAACGUAAGACAGCGAUACACAUGGAACCCAGAAACUCAAACUUGGAAGUUGUUUUCCUUCUUGCCAAGUGACUAUUGUGACAGAUUUGGACUUUGUGGUGCAAAUGGGAACUGCGACAGUUCCAUGCAUCCAGGUUGCCAAUGUUUGAAAGCAUUCAGGCCUAAAUCGCUGGAAAAAUGGAACUCCUCAGACUGGUCUGAUGGGUGUGUACACAAUAAGCCCCUAAACUGCCACAGCGGAGAUGGAUUUCUUAGAAUUGAGAAGGUGAAAACGCCAGAUACCUCACAUUCUUGGGUGAACAAAACCAUGAAUCUCAAGGAAUGUAGGGCUAGGUGCUUGCAGAACUGUUCUUGUAUGGCAUACACUAAUUUAGAUAUUAGAGGACGAGGUAGCGGUUGCGCCAUGUGGUUUGAUGAUCUAAUUGAUAUUAAACAAUUUCAAUCAUUUGGCCAGGAUCUUUACAUCAGAGUCUCUGCUUCAGAAGCAGAACUGAAAAACAUGCGUAAGGCGAAGCUGGCCGUCAUAAUUGCAACACCAAUUGCUUUGUUCUUGGGGAUUCUUGUAGUCAUUUAUUACAUCCGGAGAAGAAGGAGAAAAUUAGAAGAUGAAGUUGACGAAAGGAAGGAAAAUGAUCAAAAGAACCAAGGCCGGAGUGAAGAUAUGGACCUUGCUGUAUUCGCGCUAGGUAUGAUAGCCAGAGCUACUGAUAGUUUUUCUUUUAAAAACAAGCUAGGCGAAGGAGGUUUUGGACCUGUUUAUAAGGGGACACUUGCAAAUGGACAAGAAAUUGCUGUGAAAAGACUUUCAAAGAGUUCCGGACAAGGAUUGAACGAGUUUAAAACUGAAGUAAAGUUGAUUGCCAAACUUCAGCAUCGGAAUCUUGUAAGGCUUCUUGGGUGCUGCAUUCAUGGAGACGAGAAAAUGCUGGUUUAUGAAUACAUGCCUAACAGAAGUCUUGACUCAUUUAUUUUUGAUCAAAGAAGAUGCAAAGUAUUAGAUUGGGCCAAGCGUUUUCAAAUUAUCUGUGGGAUUGCAAGGGGACUACUCUACCUUCAUCAAGAUUCCAGAUUGAGGAUUAUUCAUAGAGAUCUAAAAGCUAGUAAUGUUUUGCUUGAUAGUGAGAUGAACCCAAAAAUUUCAGAUUUUGGCACGGCAAGAACUUUUGGAGGAGACCAGACCGAAGCCAAUACCAACAGAGUGGUUGGAACUUAUGGUUAUAUGGCACCAGAAUAUGCUAUCGAUGGGCUGUUUUCGGUAAAAUCAGACGUGUUUAGCUUUGGCAUAUUGUUGUUGGAGAUGAUAAGCGGAAGAAAGAUAAGAUUUUAUCAUCAAAAGCAAAGAGGCAACCUUAUUGAACAUGCAUGGAGAUUAUGGAAAGAAGGCAGGCCUUUGGAUCUUGCCGAUGAUUUCUUAGCAGAGACUGGCAGCUCACAGGUGUUACGAUGCAUCCACAGUAGCCUUUUAUGUGUACAACAGCAUCCUGAGGAGAGGCCAAGCAUGUCAUCCGUGGUUCUGAUGUUGGGAAGUGAGAAUGAGUUGCCUCUGCCCAAACAACCUGGUUUUUUGUUUCACAAGAGUCCCUUUGAAGCAGAUUCUUCAUCCGGUAACCAUGGAUCAUCUUCUAGAAACGAAAUAAGUCUAUCAUUGUUAGAGGCUCGAUAGAGGGUGGUAUGUUUCAUUAAACCUAUUAUGCUCCAAACCAUCAGUAAUGACUCCAAUCCCACUUGAUGUUUGGGGCAUGUGCUUUUAGAGCCAAUGCUAGUUGAGAAAUGUUUCAGAAAUCAAACAUGCAAUCAAUUAUAAAUAGUAGUGUUGUAUUUAUUCCAUGGAUAGAAAAA